AUGAGUCCUCGCGACAACGCUGUCAAGGACAGUGUAUCUGAGGCGGACUUUGGCGAUGAUGUAUAUGCCCAUGCGUGGGCCGCGAUGGCGAAACUGAAGGACAAAGAUCUGGCGAAGGUCCCGUACGUGACCAUCGAGAGUGCGCUUGGCCUUGUCUCCACCGCUCUCGGUGUCCUGGCAACAUACUGGCCUGUGCUAGAGGCCGUGCGUGCAGCGGUCGACCUCACGAAGACGGUGAUCGCCACGAAGGAGAGCAUACGCAAGAGGAUCGCCGGUCUGCGUUUGAUGCAGGCGGACAUGCUGUGCUCCCUCUUUAGCUUGCGUGAUUUCAAGCGGGACGAUCAAAGUAUCGGCGGGAAAAUGUUGCCUGGGCGGCUGGAAAUGCUUUGCGACAGCAUCAAGAAUGAUGUGAAGAGACUGGGUAACGCUAUGGAGAACUACGCCAGCGAGAAUUGGCUAGGUCGCGUUCUCAAGGAGAAGGGGUGGAAGGAAGCCGUCACUAAAUGCGGCGAGAUGGUGGAGAAGCGCAAGAAGGAGAUAUUGGAGGUCAUGGCGCUGUAUACUGCUACGCGUGCAGACCAGCUAGUAGCGUCUAUGACUCAGUCCCUUGCACCGCAGAUUGCCAGUAUAGCGAUCGACCUGAAGGCCGUCCAGGCACUCUUCGAUCCAGUAGCAGACGAGCAGAAAGCCCUGGAUGAGGUCAAGCGUCUUGACGGCCCCGAGGCAUGCCUGCAGAGCGAGUCAAAGCUCAAUGAGCUCGCAGUAUUCAUCCCGAAUGAUGAGGACUCCACCAAGCGCGGACCGAAGUCGAGCAACACUGGCCCGAGGACGCACCUUAGCGCGGCCGAAAUUCGGCGGAUACGGACUCCUGUGGAACAGCUCCUGGAGCGGAACCUGGCGCGGUUCGAGUCGAAGAUCGACUACUUGGUAGACAAGGCGAGGCGCGAACGUCAUACAAUGCGGCUGAUCAAGAAGUUGGCUGGUGCGCGUCCGUAUGAGCGCAUUGAGAACCCGGACAUCAAGAAACUGUGGAAAGAAAUGGGAUGGGGUGGUUCGAUCGAUUCACAUACUUUCGUUCUCAACCUCUACGAUUAUUUCAUCGACCUGGAACGCGAGUCUCGCGCCCCCAGCCGAACAAUGACCCUGAUCCCGGAGAAGCCGCUUUUCAGCCCAAUCCCGCCUUCACCCCUCAUCACACUCGACAUUCCCCGCACGUCUUCUCCCACCCCGUCCGACGCAGGUACGGAUGAUCAGGAUCAUGACGAGUUCGAGGGGUGCACUACUCCUGCCGCGGCGGCACAAGAUGCCUGGUGCCUGAACUACUUCAAUUAUCGCACCCUCUCGACGUUCAUGGAAGUCUUGGAUGACGACAUGAACGGCCUCAUCAAGAUCAAGGAGGUUAAUGAGUUCACGAACGCGAAGCCCGAGGACAUCACGCUCAUGCAGUGGAUCGUGUACAGCGCGCACGGCUGGCUCGUGGCCGCCCAUCUCUAUCGUAUACGAAUCGAGUAUAUGAUCGAGCGCUUCGUGGCGCUCGAGUGCGCGAAGGAGAAUAGCGGAACCGUCGCGGCAUACAUGGGCCUUCUGCACUGGGUCACAGCGUUCCUACGGAGGCUCGGCGAGCCCGACUUGGAUGAUCAGCAGCUGCUGAAGGUGACGCAUAUAGUGAUGGCGAAGCAGGAGCAGGGCGUCAAACAGGUCCUUGGGAUGCUCAACUACGAGCUGGAGGAGGAGGACAUACGGACGAUGAUGGACCUCAGCGUGCGUGGCGGCCCCGGGACGGUUGGACGCAUCGAAGAGCGAAUGCUUCCUGUGCUGUUCCUCGUCAUGCAACGUCACUUCACGAUCUUGUCCUUGGCGAGGGAAUACGUCCUUGAGGAGAACGCCUUGGAGAAAGCCGCGCAUACAAUCGACUGCAUAACUGAUUUGCUGAUCAAUCGGGUAGUACACCUUCGUGAGAACUUCAAGAAGUUGCAAUACGACGUGGAUAGGAAGAUUCAGUACGUCGCGAACGGCAUGUUCCAAGACGUGAACGCCCUUCUCUCUUCCACAGACGAGGAAGAGAAAUACAGGCUGAUCGACCAGUGGUGUCUCCCAUGGAGGUCUGAGCAGUGGGUCUCAUGGGCGCUCCAAGAGUACGACCCCGAAUUCCCGCUGGACGCGCCGUCCGUCACUGCGGCACACAUCUCCACACGGGAUUUGGUUCGCGCUGCAUCUGCUUCUCCUGGAGAGGUAGACGUAGGGUACGAAACCGUGGCGAUGUAUCGGAAGCGUUACGGGAUAAGGAUGGCCUCCUCCGUUGUGGACGAGCCUGUGGACGCGUCUACACCUACACAGCCAGAGGCCCGCGUCGACACGCCUACACAGCUAGAGGCCGCCGUCGACACGCUUACACAGCUGGAGGCCGCCGUAGAGACACCUACGCAAUCAGAGGCCGCCAUCGACACGCUUACAACGCCAGAGCCCUCCGUCGAUAUAUUCACGCAGCCAGACGCCUCCGUCGAUACACCCACGCAGCCAGAGCCCCCAAGCGAGUCGCAGGCACCAGCGCCCACAGUAAAUCAGCACACCGGAAGUCAAUGCGAUGGAUGUGUGACCUAUCCCAUUGUCGGUCCACGUUUCAAAUGCAUUGAUUGCGCAGAUUUCGACUACUGCUCAAAUUGUUAUGGCAAGGUCCCUCCGCCUCUCAUGCAUCCCAACGCCGUCGCAGGCCAUCAUACGGCGGCACAUCGCUUCCUGCGAAUCGAGCAGGAGAUCUCCAUUGACGACAUCGAUUCUGUCCUCGGAAGCCUCAGGUUAACGCCCCUCGACGACACGCACGAAAAGCUCACGGAACUCGACCCUCUCAUCGUGCACUGCUUGUCUGAGCCCGACGACAUCGUCCAGCAUGUCGUGCACGCUCUCGUCGCGUACCGGGAACACUGUCUGCAGGCUGACGUGGACGAAGAGGCCAUGGGCGCUGAGCAACUAGAGUCACUCAACGCUGUACUGAAGGACUUCGCCUCUCUCCCGAGUAUGGCAGCUGACUUCGCCACCUCUCGGAGUCAUCUCAUCCUUCGGAUGCGAGAUGGACUUGUGCGCCUACACCGAAACUUCUGUGACGAGUGCGCGUUGAACGGUAAUGAAAGAGUAUCGGUGCGCGGGGACCUCUACACCUGCAUCGACUGCCCCGAUUUCGACUACUGCAGCGGGUGCUACCACGCGCAUUGGCAGGAACAUCACGGCGGCAGGCAUCGCUUUGUCCUGCGUCAAUAUCCGACACCCAAUAUCGUGAUCACACGCGCUAUGGCUCUUCUCAAGAAGCUUACUGGCGAUGCUGAUCCCUGGAAACUUGAAGACCGCCCUGCUCCCGAUACCACGGCCCUACAAGAGGACCAGGACGAAUCGGAUGCUACUACAACCGAAGGAAUCCCGGUGACCCCUCCUCCUGCAGAAGACACCACUGGACAUCACUGUCGCGGCUCAUGUCAACGAUUGAUUCCUGAGGGACUGGUGUACAGGUGCCUAACCUGUCAAUACGCCGCGAGUCACGACGGAUCGGAUUACCUGCUCUGCCCCGAUUGCGCAUUCACGAAGCCGUUCCCGGGCGAGCACCGACACAUGCAUAACCUCGCCGUGAUCCACAAAUCCGCUGCAAGUCCACCCGUGCCGGAGCCAGAGGUCGCCCCUCCUGAAGGAUCGGGCGAAGUAGUCAGCACAGUGACCAACGAGGAUAUCUCGAGACGGAUUGAGAAGAUGGAAGAGACCAUAGCUGCGUUACUCUCGAUGGUUGGGAAGCUUCAGGAAGUGAUCCUCACGUCUGCGGCGAUUCGUGAAACCUGA